UUGAAAAUAUUGGGUCAACGAAUAAGGUAUCUAAGUCAGUUAAGACUUCACAGAAAAAAAAAUCUGCUUUGUGCAGACUCACACUCAGUGAGUGCAGUAAUUUGGUGAUGGGAAGAAACAAAGCUUUUUAAUGCUUCGAACGAAUUGCUUGCAAAAUGAUUGAGUGUUUCGAAGCACGAUCGACCUAUAGGCUACUUGCCAAAACAGUGUAAAUGCAAUUUGAAACACAAAAUCAGGAAAACAUACAUAAAACACUUUCCACAAACCCAUUGCAAAUGUUUUAUUGAACGUUAAAUCUAUGCAAAUAUAAUCUAAUAAGAUUAAAUAUCAAGUGCCGGUGUAAAUCAAUUUUCAGGGCAUGUUUUGUUUGUUCCAUGGCUCAGCUAAACAGGUCAAUAAGAGACUAUUAAUAUAUAUUUUUAUUAUUGUACUGAUGUAGUAGCCUACCAUUAAACCAUACAAAUGUAUAAACUGAUCAGAGAUCAGGCAAAACCGUAAAACUCUUAGACACUUGUUCAAUGGUUCGCCACUGGAGGGCGAUGAGUCCGCAUACUACUGCAUGGGCUAACCUAACAGAGGGAUCGAGUAGCGAGUGGAGAUCACCCCAGCGGCGAACCAUUGACAUUUCGACACGUUUCGAAACAGUUCUGAUGUUCCGAAUCCUCGUUCAGAGCCAGAGCUCGUUUACUUAACUCACGUGACUUUGGCAGUUUGGUACUUUUUUUACAGUAUGUGGCUCCGAACCACUGAAUCGAAAAAAAGAUGUGAAAAUAUUUCGCAGUGACAAGUGUGGUGGGCGCCCACCACUAGCAGUAAUUAUUCGGUACAGCAGGUGGCAGUAAGUCUCAAUGAAACUAAUGACAAGUUCAGAGAAGAAGAAUAUUCGUUGUGGGCAGUGUGAGCUGCUACCAUCUUAUUGUCAGUGUACCCUUUUAAAGAGAGUUUAGUAUAUCUUUUUAUCGAAUACCCAAAUUAGAAACAAUAUCCGCUGCCAGACGAAGUGCGUUACAAGUAUUGCUUAGUGAAGUGGAUCAUCGGACCUUUUCUUUUUGCUCGGUAACAUACAUACAUCGGUUCAUACAUCUGAACAUAGCACAACCAAAGAUUUUACGGUUAUUAAGGCUACGUCUUGCUCUGCAGUGAUGACGUCACUGGGGAGCAGCAGUUCCUCCACAACGGAGUAUGUAGUACGAGUUCCAAAAAACACCAGUAAGAAAUACAACUUAAUGGCUUUCAAUGCUGGUGAUAAAGUCAGCUGUUCUACAUGGACUCAGGCUCGUAUGGAGCGGGAUAUGAGCAAUAGACGUAUAUAUGGUGAAGAGGAGAAUCAGGAGGGGGCGGCAGGCAGUGAGUUUGGAAAGAAACAGAGAGAGGAAUCACGGAGAAAGAAGUAUGGCAUCAUUACGAAGGAGUUCAAGGUGGAGGACCAGCCCUGGAUCCUUAAAGUUAAUGGAAAGGCAGGAAGAAGAUUCAAGGGUCUGAAAAAAGGCGGGGUCACAGAGAAUGCGUCCUACUACAUCUUCACCCAGUGUGCCGAUGGUGCCUUUGAGGCGUUUCCUGUGCACGCCUGGUAUAACUUCACACCGCAGGCCAAACACCGCACUCUCACAGCCGAGGAGGCAGAGGAAGAGUGGGGCAGGAGGAAUAAAGUGGUGAACCACUUCAGUAUCAUGCUCCAGCGACGUUUCCAAGAACAGGAGCGAGGAGACGAGGAUGAGGAGGAAGGAGAAAAAGGAGGGAAGAAAAAGAAGAAGAAGAAGGGAGGCAGGGGGGGAGACCUGCGCAUACAUGACCUUGAGGAUGACUUCGAAAUGAGCAGCGAUGAGAGCGACGGCAGCAAUGGAGAAGAUGAUGAAGCUAAGUCGAAAGGUAAAAAGGACAAAGGCCCCAAAGGCAAGGGAAAGAAGAAGAAGAAAAAGGGCAGCGACUUUGAAGGAUUCGAGGAUAGUGAUGAUGGCGACUUUGAGGGGCUGGAGGUGGACUACAUGUCAGACGAGAGCAGUUCUGAAGAAGAGGAGCAAGAGAAGACCAAGCCCAAUAAGGGAGAGGACGUCCCUAAAGGAGUUGAUGAAAUGUCUGAAAGCGAGGAAGAGAGUGAGGAAGAAAACAAGAAUGAAGAAGAUGCCAAGGAGGAAGAAGAGGAGGAAGAUGGAAAGAAGACACCAGUGCAGGUGGAAAAGAAGAAAAAGAAAGACAGCAGUGGCGAGUCCGACAGCUCCGAGGACAGUGAUAUUGAAGGAGAGGCAGCUUCAGCACUGUUCAUGGUGAAGAAGCGCACACCUCCUAAGCGAGGGGGUGGGCGAGGAUCAGCAGGUAGUUCAAGAACGGGAAGUCGACCUGGCACACCUUCUAUCGACAACGCUGCCACUUCAAACACUCUGCGUGCCGCUGCCAGCAAACUGGAACAAGGUAAGCGGCAGACGACAGUACCGAGCACAGAGACUCCGGCGGCAAAGAGAUUAAAGAUGGAGCCCAGCCCUCAGAGCUCCUCGGGGAAGAGCACACCCCAACCAGUAUCAGGGAAAUCCACCCCCAGCACCAGUGAUGUGCAGCUGACAGAGGACGCCGUGCGCAGGUAUCUCAUCAGGAAGCCCAUGACCACUAAAGACCUGCUGAAGAAGUUCCAGACUAAGCGCACAGGCCUCAGCAGCGAGCAGACAGUCAAUGUGCUUGCCCAGAUCUUGAAGAGGCUUAACCCAGAGAGGAAGAACAUCAAUGAGAAGAUGCACUUCUACCUCACUGAGUGAACCCAACCGAGGAGAGAGUGAAACACUGAGCGUCCACCACCAGCAGCCUCUCCUUUUAGAAUACAGCUCAUAUAGUUCAAGACCUAUUUGGUCUGAAACUUCCUAAUUUUCUUGCUGUUAUUUUGCGUUUAGUCAUCCAGUAUUUAUGAUCAGUAGUUCUUAAAUACUGUUAAUUGAGUUAGAGAUGAGAGCACUGGGGGUCUAAAGAGAAAAACGACAAAGAAAACGGAGGGAAGAAAGAUAGGAGUAUGUUUUUGUAUAUUAUUACAGAUAUUGGAAAGAUGUGUUUGUAAACUUCAGAUGCCUCUUCGUAUCAAGUUUAGCAUCAGAGAGACACUGGGUAACAAUCCUUCUGUCAAGAUUCUGCUCAAGAAAACUUAAGAAUUUUGAGAGGGACUUUAUCCAGAGAAUGCAGCUGCAUUUGUGGCUUUUAUUGCACAUUUGUCUGCUUUUUUUUUUUUAAACGUCACUGUUUAAAAGCUGUAAAUGUUACAACUUUUGCAGGGGUUUUUCUCCUUGGUAAUACAUUAAAUUUGUUUAGAAUGAA